AUGUCCGGUACAGCAAGCGCCGCUGUGCGGUCAGCUUCUCGCAACUGCACUCGUCGUUUCUCGUCAUCAACAUUUUCGCAUUCAUCAUUGCGCCCCGCCACCUCGGCUCUCAAUCGAUCAACACAUCAGAGGACAUAUGUAUCGCAGUCAAAGCCAGCCCAGGCCCAAGUCAGUGAUGUGGAGAGCGCCAUCAAAGCAGAUCAACGCAAAUAUGUUGAACAGAGUGGUAAUAUGCCUGGCAAGGUCAAUCUCCCGGGCACCGGACUCUCCGGCGACACCGCCAUGAGCUCUUCUGCUGGUAUCCUAGGGCAAGCCACUGUUAUGGAUCAAGGUACUAGGCCAAUCUACCUAGAUGCACAAGCCACUACACCCACCGAUCCUCGAGUUCUCGACGCCAUGUUGCCGUUCCUCACUGGCCUGUACGGCAACCCGCAUUCAAGAACCCACGCUUACGGCUGGGAGACGGAGAAAGCUGUCGACCAAGCCAGAGAACACAUAGCGAACGUCAUUGGAGCAGACGCUAAAGAGAUCAUCUUCACCAGCGGUGCGACCGAGAGUAAUAACAUGAGUAUCAAAGGUGUGGCCAGAUUCUUCGGAAGAGCUGGAAAGAAGAAGCACAUUAUCACAACGCAAACGGAGCACAAGUGCGUUCUCGACAGUUGCAGACAUCUUCAGGACGAGGGCUACGAAGUCACUUAUCUUCCCGUAAACAACAAUGGUUUGAUCGACCUCAAGGAACUGGAGGCUGCCAUCAGACCCGAGACUUGCCUCGUCAGCAUUAUGACAGUCAACAACGAAAUUGGUGUUAUCCAGCCCAUGAAAGAGAUUGGACAGCUGUGCCGAUCCAAAAAAGUCUACUUUCACACUGAUGCCGCCCAAGCUGUCGGCAAGAUCCCUAUCAAAGUCAACGAAUGGAACGUUGACCUCAUGUCGAUUUCUGGCCACAAGAUCUACGGGCCUAAUGGCAUUGGAGCUUGCUACGUCCGGAGACGGCCGCGCGUGAGGCUCGACCCUAUCAUCAGCGGAGGUGGCCAGGAAAGAGGUCUUCGCAGUGGCACCCUUGCGCCGCAUCUUGUGGUUGGGCUGGGAGAGGCGUGCCGCAUCGCCAAAGAGGAUAUGGAGUAUGAUUCCCAAUAUAUCAACCGACUUUCGAAACGCCUUCUGGACGGUCUUCUCUCGAUGGAACACACAUCCCUCAAUGGCGAUCCGACACGCCAUUACCCGGGCUGCGUCAACGUCUCGUUCGCCUACGUCGAGGGCGAAUCCCUCCUCAUGGCACUCAAGGACAUUGCUCUGUCCUCGGGCAGCGCGUGUACCUCUGCCUCGCUAGAGCCCAGCUACGUCUUGCGCGCGCUUGGCAACAGCGACGAGAGCGCCCACAGCAGUAUCCGAUUCGGUAUCGGCCGAUUCACGACCGAGGCCGAGAUCGAUUACGUGCUCAAGGCGGUCAAGGAGCGAGUCACCUUCCUGCGCGAGCUGUCCCCGCUGUGGGAGCUUGUGCAAGAGGGAAUCGACCUCAAUACCAUUGAAUGGAGCCAGCACUGA